GUUCGCGGAGGAAGACGAGGGAAGCCGACUGACGCGUUUUCUGACUUUCUGACGCAGCGGAGAACUUUGUGUCCAUGUCAGCGGCAGACCUGCAGCCAGGACGACCUUCAGCCGCAGCACGACCACUGACCUUUUCCACGGAUUAAUUUAACCAGACCGGGAUUUGAUAGCUGGUCAUGGAGUUUAACCUGCUGGCGGAGGUGGAGGCCCGCAGCCCGGAGCUGUCGCUGUCUGACGCCGGGACUCCACAGCACGAGGCCGGCUGUAAGGUUCAGGACCACAGCGAUACAGAGAAAUCUCACCAGAACCCACUGGAUGAGUCCAGCGCUGAUGAUGGAUCCCUGAAGAAGAAGCAGCGGCGGCAAAGGACUCACUUCACCAGCCAGCAACUUCAGGAGCUGGAAGCCACCUUCCAGAGGAACCGCUACCCUGACAUGAGCACCAGAGAGGAGAUCGCAGUGUGGACCAACCUCACGGAGGCACGGGUCCGGGUAUGGUUCAAGAACCGUCGUGCCAAGUGGAGAAAGCGGGAGAGGAACCAGCAGGCAGAGUUAUGCAAAAAUGGCUUUGGUGCUCAGUUCAAUGGACUCAUGCAGCCCUAUGAUGACAUGUACACUGGUUACUCCUACAACAACUGGGCCACAAAGAGCCUAGCAAGCAGCCCGCUCUCUGCCAAGAGCUUCCCCUUCUUUAACUCCAUGAAUGUAAGCCCCCUGUCCUCCCAGCCCAUGUUCUCCCCACCAAGUUCCAUCUCCUCCAUGAACAUGGCAUCUAGCAUGGUGCCCUCGGCAGUGGCCGGGGUUCCUGCAACGGGGCUCAACAACCUUAGCAACCUAAACAACCUAAACAGUCCAACAGCACUUAACUCAGUCGCUGUGACUGCAGCCACUUGCCCCUACGCCACCACAGCCAGCCCCUACAUGUACAGAGACACCUGCAACUCCAGCCUGGCCAGUCUGCGGCUCAAGGCCAAGCAGCACACCAACUUUGCUUAUCCGGCAGUGCAGAGCCCUGUGUCCAACCUGAGCCCCUGCCAAUACGCUGUGGACCGGCCGGUAUGAAGAAAGAACUCCAACGACGAGUCACCGGACCAGAUGUAGAGUCACUCCUUCUCUGUGUGACAUGUCCUCAGCCAUAUUCCAUCUGUACACUGUAGAGUGGUGAAUUCAGCUUGUUUUGGCGAAACACGAUGAGUGUAAUCUUCAAAAUUGACAAAACAAAUGCACAUGAAAGGACGGACCACCAUGCUUCAAAGGAACUCUCUGCUAUGUGAGACUUUGUUGAUGGAAUGACAAACUGCUUCAAGAGAUUUCUAAAGAUUAUUGUCAAUUCACAUUUUUCCUUCUUUUCAACUGCAUGAUUAGUGUAAAUGUAGACAACAAUAAAAAAAGAAAAAAUCCCACACAGAUAGGGUCGAUCAAUCAAAAAUCAGCGUCAGCCUGUUUCAGGAGAACGUACCUUUGGUUACAGAACGGAGGAAAUGGAGGAUGUAUAUAAUGGAGUUUUUUUUUUCUUUUUUGUAUGUGACAAAGAUAUCAAAAGGUAGUACUGGACUUAAAAGAUGAGAAAAGCAUGUUCUUCAAAAGCGAAGGACCUGGGUUUAUGUACAAUGAGCACAUCUUAGGAACUUUAGGAUCUUUGUUGUGAAGUUCUCUGGCCUUGGAAGGUCAAAGGCUAAGUUGGAUUUGAAAGCAGAGGUCACAGACAGCAGUCCUGAACGCUAAAGGAACCUCGAGCAGUGAGACACAACUGACACUUACAGCAAAAUAUCAGCAACCUUUUGAACCAAUGAAAGCCAUUGACUUUUUAGAUUUGUGUGGUGUUACAAAGGGAAUCCAUGACUGUAACAAAUGUAUGUAAGAGUGCAGUUGUUA